GAGUGCGAUGCAUUCAAAGCCAACUCCAAGUUCGCGGCCGUUCCCAUCGGUCCCACGUGUAACCAAUUGGCUGUACUCAACGUCGGCAAAGGGCAGCGACUCCCAGGAGGUGUUAUCCCGCAUCUAGUCUGCGGCCAUACGGUCGCUGACUUCUCGUUUGAUCCGUUCGACGAGCAUAUGCUGGCCGUCGGGUGUGAUAACGGAGUGAUUCAGUUCUGGAGGAUUCCCGAGAAGGGAUUGACUGACAAUUUGGAUGAAUUGAACAGUCAAUUGGUAGCCCAUAACGAUAGGAUAACUAUCAUUCAAUACCACCCCAACGCCAAACACGUCUUGGCGUCGUUUGCCAUGGAUUUGGAUCUAAUCGUCUGGAAUAUAGAGACAAUGGAACAGAAGAUUAAGAUUAGCGCUCAUUCGGAACCGUUGUUUUGUAUGUCUUGGAAUCCAGACGGAGAUCUGUUGGCAACCCUUUCCAAGGAUCAAAAGUUGCGAAUCUUUAACCCUCGCGACGGAGAGCAACAACUGGUUGACGAGGGUUUGGCCACUCAGGGCAGUCGUGGGGGACGGGUGUGUUGGGCACAGAAAGGCAAUCUCGUGAUCGUCACCGGCUUUAGCAGAGUAUCUGAGCGACAGUUUCUAGUCUUCGAUAAAAACGAUUUGUCGAAACCGUUGGCAUCGGAAGGCCUGGACGUGUCGCCGGCUAUACUGAUCCCCUUCUACGACAACGACAGUUCCACUCUAUUCCUGACAGGAAAGGGCGACUCAACGAUAUUCACAUUCGAGGUGUCGUCGCCGACAGACGGCCCGCCAUUCAUUCAUCACUUGUCGCACUACAACACACCGACGCCGCACCAGUCGCUGUCAUAUCUGUAUAAAUGCUUUUGCGACGUCCGGGCCGUGGACCGUAACUCUGAUCCGUGUUUCAAGAAGACAUCGCCCGCUGUCUGCGAGGGGUUUAUACCGACGCCAUCGUCGGUGAUGAUAGCACUGGUGGCCGGCGUUUGUUUGAACUGUCAAUGGAUA